CCCCGCUCCGGCCGGCACCAGCCCAGCCCCGCCGAGCCGCUUCGUCGCGGCCGCCCCGCCGCGAUGUGGCUGGGGCCUGAGGAGGUGCUGCUGGCCGGCGCGCUGUGGGUCACGGAGCGAGCCAACCCCUUCUUCUUGCUCCAGCGCCGGCGGGGACACGGCAAAGGGGGCGGCCUCACGGGUCUUCUUGUGGGAACAUUAGACGUGGUUUUGGAUUCCAGUGCCAGAGUUGCCCCAUACCGUAUUCUGCACCAGACUCAGGACUCUCAAGUGUAUUGGGCAGUGGCAUGUGGAUCAUCUCGUAAAGAGAUCACAAAGCAUUGGGAGUGGCUGGAGAAUAACUUACUACAGACUCUGUCCAUCUUUGAUAAUGAAGAAGAUAUCACCACCUUUGUCAAGGGCAAAAUACAUGGAAUUAUUGCUGAAGAAAACAAGAAUGAGCAGCCCCAGAGUGAGGAGGAUCCAGGUAAAUUCAAAGAGGCUGAGCUGAAGAUGCGGAAGCAGUUCGGGAUGCCCGAGGUGGAGAAGUUGGUCAAUUACUAUUCCUGCAGCUAUUGGAAGGGGCGUGUACCCAGGCAGGGUUGGCUUUACCUCACUGUCAAUCACCUCUGUUUCUACUCCUUCCUGCUGGGCAAAGAGGUGACACUGGUGAUCCAGUGGGUGGAUGUAACCCAGCUAGAAAAAAAUGCUACACUGCUUUUCCCUGAGUGCAUUAAAGUGAACACAAGGGACAAUGAACUUUAUUUUUCUAUGUUUCUCAACAUUAACGAGACGUUCAAGCUGAUGGAGCAGUUGGCUAACAUUGCUAUGCGGCAGCUGUUGGAUAAUGAGAGCUUCCUACAGGACAAGUCUCUCCCAAAGCCCAGGAAGCCUCUUAAGAACAUCUCUGCAUUAAAAAGAGACCUGGAUGCUCGAGCCAAAAAUGAGUGCUACCGUGCCACUUUCCGGCUGCCCAAGGAUGAGUGCCUGGACGGACAUACAGACUGUACCUUGUGGACACCGUUCAACAAGAUGCAUAUUCCUGGCCAGAUGUUUGUUUCCAACAACUACAUCUGCUUUGCCAGCAAGGCCGAGGAGGCCUGUCAUCUCAUCAUUCCUCUCAGAGAGGUGACGAUAGUUGAGAAAGCAGACAGUUCCAGUGUCUUGCCCAGCCCUCUGUCCAUCAGCACUAAAAGUAAAAUGACCUUCUUCUUUGCCAAUCUGAAAGACCGAGAUUUCUUGGUACAGAGGAUCUCUGACUUCUUGCAGAGAACACCAUCCAAGAAACCAUGCAGCAGCGACAGGGAAUGGAAGUGGAAUUCUGCUGAUCCUGCUUGCGAGGGAGGCUGCCUGAACCGAGGUGUGCUACGUCCUGUUCUUCAGGAGGUUCCAGAGCUGCCUUCCAGCAGUCCGCUUGCAGGUAGCCCCACAUCUGCUCUCAGCAGUCGACCUGUCAAUUUCAGUGCUGGGGAAGUGCCAACAGCCUCACAGGGACUGCUCAAACUCUUCAGAAGAAACUCUGAGGAGCUGUUGGGACCCAAAGGGGCAAAGGAGAAGAUGAAGGAAGAGUCUUGGAACAUUCACUUCUUUGAAUACGGGCGAGGGAUGUGCAUGUAUCGCACUGCUAAGACUAGGGAGCUGGUGCAAAAAGGAAUCCCAGAGAACCUUCGUGGAGAGCUGUGGCUUCUUUUCUCAGGGGCCUGGAAUGAGAUGGUGACUCACCCUGGUUACUAUGCAGAUCUGGUGGAAAAGUCAAUGGGAAAGUACAAUCUUGCUACAGAGGAAAUUGAGAGGGAUCUGCACCGUUCCAUGCCAGAACAUCCUGCCUUCCAGAAUGAGCUGGGAAUUGCUGCCCUCCGGAGAGUCUUAACAGCUUAUGCAUUCAGAAACCCAACAAUUGGGUACUGUCAGGCCAUGAACAUUGUCACCUCAGUACUGCUGCUUUACUGCAAUGAGGAGGAGGCUUUCUGGCUGCUGGUGGCUUUAUGCGAGCGGAUGUUACCGGAUUACUACAACACAAGAGUAGUGGGUGCACUGGUGGACCAAGGUAUUUUUGAAGAACUCACACGAGAGUAUCUCCCACUGCUGUCAGAGAAGAUGCAGGACCUAGGAGUGAUUUCCACCAUAUCCCUUUCCUGGUUUCUCACUCUCUUUCUCAGCGUGAUGCCCUUUGAGAGUGCCGUGGUGAUUGUCGACUGUUUUUUCUAUGAGGGUAUCAAGUUCAUCUUGCAGGUGUCAUUGGCCAUACUUGAUGCCAACGUGGAGAAGUUGUUGCAGUGCUGUGAUGAAGGUGAAGCCAUGACUAUUCUGGGCAGAUACUUGGACAAUGUAGUUAACAGGCAGAGCAUCUCUCCCCCUAUUCCCCACUUGCAUGCCUUAUUGACCAGUGGAGAUGAACCACCACUUGAAAUUGACAUCUUUGAACUCAUCAAAACAUCCUAUGAGAAAUUUAGCAACCUGAAGGCAGAUGACAUCGAACAAAUGCGUUUUAAACAGAGGCUGAAAGUGAUCCAGUCUCUGGAGGAUACAGCCAAGAAGAGUGUGGUUCGAGCUGUUUCUGGUGACAUUGGUUUCUCCAUUGAAGAACUAGAAGAGCUUUAUGUAGUGUUCAAGGCAAAGUAUCUGAUGAGCUGUUACUGGGGGAAUAAUCGUGCCGCGGCUGCCCGUCGGGAUCAGAGUUUGCCCUACCUGGAGCAGUAUCGCAUAGACAUGGAGCAGUUCAAAGAGCUCUUCAUCAGCUUGACCCCCUGGUCCUGUGGUGCACACACACCUGUGCUGGCAGGGCGCUUGUUCCGCCUUCUGGAUGAGAACAGGGAUUCUCUCAUUAACUUCAAGGAGUUUGUGACAGGGAUGAGUGGGAUGUACCAUGGUGACCUCACUGAAAAGCUCAAAGUACUCUACAAACUGCAUCUGCCUCCUGCUCUGAAUCCAGAAGAGACAGAGUCUGCUUUGGAGGCCACGAGUUACUUCACAGAGGAUGUUACAACAGAAGUAUCUCCUUUUGUCUCAGAGCUGGAUUUCUGCCUGCACUGUGAGUCUCAAGAAACCCAAGAAGAUAAAGGAAGGAGAAAUGAGAAUGGUCCAGAAAAAGAGGAGAAAGGUACCAGUCCACAGGACUAUAGAUACUACUUAAGAAUGUGGGCCAAUGAAAAAGAGUCCAAGAAAGAAACCAUUAAAGAUCUACCCAAAAUGAGUCAGGAACAAUUCAUAGAGUUAUGCAAGACCCUUUACAAUAUGUUCAGUGAGGACCCAGUGGAGCAGGAGCUGUACCAUGCCAUUGCCACUGUCGCCAGUCUCCUUCUGCGAAUUGGGGAGGUUGGAAAAAAAUUCUCUAACAGGCCUGUGAGGAAGUCUGAGGACUGCAAAACAAACAACACCCAAGACCCUGUGAGUGAAGAGGAGUCACCAACAUCUGAACAGAGUCAGAAUUCAGCAGUGGAGCAGCACCCCCAAGCUGACCGUGAGGACAAAACCUGCAGAGAUACUCAGUCUGAAAAAACACAUCAGGAGAACCAAACUCAGGGAGAUGGGUCAGGGGAAGGACAAGGCUCUCCAUUACAGCUGCUAUCAGAUGAUGAAACCAAAGAUGAUAUGUCCAUGUCUUCCUACUCCAUGGUGAGCACAGGGUCUCUGCAGUGUGAGGACAUUGCAGAUGAUACGGUGCUGGUUGGUUGUGAAGGCAGUAGUUCAGCUGCCAGGUAUGGUAGUACCAUUGAUACUGACUGGUCAAUCUCCUUUGAGCAGAUCUUAGCUUCCAUGCUGACAGAAACAGCCCUCGUCAACUACUUUGAGAAAAAGGUCAACAUUCUGCAGAAGAUCAAAGAUCAGAAGAAAGUAGAGAGGCAGUUCAGUUCAUCCAGUGACUAUGAACUUUCCUCUGUGUCAGGGUGAACGCAAAAAAGCAGGGAUUGUCUUUGGGAGAUAAAGCAGGGAGGUGAUGUGGCAGAUGGCAGGAUGGUUUGGUAUUUUGUGUUUGGGGUUCUUUAUUUAAUCAGAGACCAGUAACUACACAAUUACAAUAGAUUGCAGUCAGUGAGGGGCUUCUGACAGUGACUGGUUUGUGUAGGUGCUUCUUUGGCUACUCUGGCUGACAGAUUUACAUUCUCAAGAGCCAUUAGAACCUAAUAGCCCCUGACAUAUAGAAUUACCACCAUAAAUUAUGCAUGCCUGCCUUUUGCUAUCUUUUACUUUAAUGAAGUUUUAUUUCAGACAGUAACUGCUCCUUGCCUGCCCUCGUUUGCUGUAGGUUCCUGGGUAACUUGCACAGCAGGUGCAGCCUGGCUUCAGCCAUGUUCACCUCUGUCUGCCAGUGUGAGAGCUAAUGCAGUAUAGUCCAGUGCUAUAGGACCCUGACGUAUAAAUAGUCUUGUAAGUUCUUCAGUGCUGUUCUGUGACUCAGCAGCUGUAAUGCAGAUGUGCCCCACUGAGAUCUCAACACAGGCAUCUCUCAGAUCUGCAGGUUUCUUUCAGCUGUGAUUUGCCAUUUUCAUAGUGGAUCAUCACUUGCCUUCUCCUUUAGGAGUUUUCAGACAAACCUGGUUUUCUAGCAUUUGCUUUUCUCAUUCUUUGAAAGCCAUUUGGGUUUAGUUUGUCUGGGAAGCCACAAGCUCCUUGACUUCAGCGCAGGAGUUAAGUCAGGCAGUGAGCUCACAAUGGUUAUAAGGAAGGAAGAAGUUCCUAAAUUAGAAGUCAGUGAGUCAGCCUGAGCUUUACAGGGUGGUGGCACACAGGUGUGCUGGACUUUCCCUGUUGGCACAAAAAACAUAUGUAAUUUCUUGCUGAUUCUCUGUUUUUACUGACUAGUGAUGGACCUGAUUUUUAGAAGGCCCCUUAAAAAUACUCUGAUCGGUCAACCCUCAAAACUUCCUUGGGGCAGGAAGAUGUGCAGGAGUGUUGUGCCACCUGCAGCUGCUGAGUGCAUCCUUUCUGAACAUCUCCUGUGCAGAGGCCAGCAGCGGACAUGCUCUUAGAGACUACUACACAUCAAAGGGUAUUCCUCCCUAGGGAGGAAGAAUUCAAAGCAGUGUGGGGCCCUCUGCCGUCAGCCCAUUUGGGGAAACCUCAAUAAGACUGGAUCUCUUUCCAGCUAGAGACAAACUAACUGUGAGACUGAGCAACUGCUCUUUUAAAUCAGUUAAAACCAGAAGAAACUAAGAGCCUUCUGGUAGCAGGGCUGGCACUCCAAGGAAGGAGAAUUAAUGCUGUUCCUGCAGAUAGAUUCAUCUCAGUAGGCAGGCGUCUGCCUUGCCAGGCUGCAGUGAGAGAUGCUGUUGCUAGACAAGAGCAGACCCUGCACUGAAGGCAAGGUUUAGCUGCAGCUUUUGGCUGGCGUUCGGAAUACAAAGGGUGGGAAGGACACGUGUGGUUGGAUGUUCCCAUGUAACACUACUCGGUGUGCUACUCAGUGUUAAUUCCUCCUUGUGACCAUUCUCUCUGUGUGUUCACAGCUGGUAUCUACUUCUUUUUUCUCUGCCUCCUCUGCCCUGCCCUCUGCACUGGAGAGCAGCCAUCAGUAAAACUGCUUUUACUAAUUACCCAGUAAUUUAUUGUCAUUUUUUAAAAGUACAAAUAAUCCCUGUGAUUUUACACUGUCUGUCUGUCCUACCUGUCAUGUACUCAAUAAAUGAACCAGAAUCCUAAA